AGUCACUGUACAAUUUACAUUCACAAUCAGUAUUCAUUAAGAAGUUCGAAAAUAUACACCACACCGCAACUACAGUCUUAAUAUUAUAGACACAAUGAUGAUCCAAGUAUUUUCAAUUCUGUUGGUGAUCAUAUCCGGAAUCCUUUGCAGUGGAACGCAACAAGGAGUAUCCAAUACCCAAUCUAGCCAGACAUUGCAAGUACAGCCCAAUGUCAGAAAGUACAACAAACACACUGCCACGGAAAAACCUUGUACCACUGCAGGCUCACCAACGGGCACGCGUAAGGACAAACCGGACAACUAUUCGGACUCACAGGACUACGUGCCCAUCGGCGGUGUGGCCGGUCCCGGGUAUCCGUAUCCUUAUCCGUACCCUUACCAACCAUUGGGCCCUUAUCAACCUGCAGUCGGUCCUUACCAACCUGCAGUUGGCCCUUAUCUGCCACCGGGCGGCCCGGUUCUAGUGCCAAGCGGCAGCCCGUACCGGCCGCUGCAGUACCCGUAUGAACCGCAAUACCCUGUGGACGGGGCACCACUACCACCGUACAACUAUGCGCCCUACUACCCAGCCGGACCACAGUACGUCACAGCACCGCCGCCAUACUAUCCCACCGCACAGCAGCCGCUUUACGAACAACAGGCGACCGUCGUGGACGCGUACCGCUCGCCGUUGUAUCCACCACAGCCAGCUGAUCAGUCGCAGUUUUUUAGACAGCCCUCAGCCGCUGGAGGUUUACCGCCGUACUACUCGUCACCGCACUUCAGAGCCCAUGCGUACAACAGACCGCCGCCGUUUCUCCAGCAACGGGACACCGCAGGCGCACCAUAUUUUCAGCAACGGGACGCACCAUUUCUUCAGCAACGAGACGCCGCGGCUGCUCCUUCCGCAACCGCCGCCGCCGCGGCCACUAAAGACGCUGAGCCACAGUACGAACAACAACAGUCCGGGCCGUUCGACAGCAACCAAUUUCAUUACUAACGCCACCGAUCGCAUCAAAAACGUUUACUACCUGGUAACCGCCGCGCCUCAUGAUAGACUUGGUCUGGUUCUGUACAUUAUUCGCAAUACCAUAAUCCACUGAACGUCUACGGCUGCAGCACCUAGUAUAAAUCUAAACAAUAUCAAUAUUAUAGAAACUAUAUCGUUUAAUACGAUUAAAUAAACAAUAUUACAACAUAAGCAGGUAUUAGGUAUAGGUAUUAGUGUAUUACAGAUGUAUGCAGUGACACCAUAAAUA